AUGUCGCAAGCACCGGGCCAGAACCAACACGCUGCCAUCAACGCGCCCGCCGCAACGAAAGCUCCUCCCUCGAGACCCAAGAACUUCGAAGCUGCCGCCUCGUCGCCCAACCUCAGCGCGGCAGAGGCUGCGGAGAUGGCUUCCACAACCGCCCUGAUCGAGGGCGUACUGGGUCCGAACAAGGAUGGCCGGGUGAGGAACCCCGUGCCGAGCAAGCUGAAGGGCAAGACGGACAACAAGCAGGGCAAUUUCGGCGUGAUGCACAUGGGCACGAGUUCGGCCCAGAAGGGCGAGGGCCAGUCGCAUGGGAAAGACGCGGCGGCAGAGCGAGACGCGGCAGCGAGGAGGACGAGCGAGAAUACGGCUUCCCGCGCGAGGGCUGCUCAGGCAGAUCGAUAUGUGCCGCCGAGGAAGCGCGGCUUGACGGCAAGCUUGGGGGCUUCUGCUGGCCCGAAUCGAAACUCACCGUUUGGGGGCUCGCGCGAUACGCAGCGCUCGAGGCCGCUGGCUCCUGACGAGACGAAGUCCGAGCAGGCACGAUUGCUGACCUUGCUGCGGAGUAUCAAUCCCGUCACCGUGGUCGAUCAGAUAUGCAAGGCCGUGGCAUAUUUUGGAGGAAUACCUGGAGCACCUCCUCCUGAGGAUGGCAUCUUCCCCGAGAGUGCCAAUACGAGAGAGACGGGUGCUUUGUUCAUUGGGUGGCUGGCAGAAAUUUUUCCGGAUGUUACAGCUCGGAGCCCUGAGGUCUCCAAAGAGCAGGCUGCGAAGAAGAAAGGUCGACCUUCGAAAGUCAGGACUGCAGACAAUACUGCUGGAGAGCGACUGCAAUCUGCCGAGCCUCCAAACUCGAGAAACGGGUAUGGAUAUGGUCCCGCUGUGUCUGCGCCAACUUGGGGACUUCCACCAUCCUUUGCACUGGUCAAUACCUCAACCCCAAACCAUGCCGCUCCUCCAAACCAUGCCGCUCCCCCAAACCAUGCUGCUCCCCUAAGCGAACCCAAACUUCAAGCUCCGGAGCAGACCUCGGAGCAGAAAUCGUCUGAAACACCACUGAAGAAUCCGGCUGAGGAUACUGCAUCUGGAACAAAGAAGAGGCGAGGCAGGCCUAAGGGAUCUAUGAAUAAGAAGAAGGAUGGGCAAGAAGGAGAGAUCGCUACCACGGAUGGACAAACAGUCCCCGAUAGCUCUUCUGCCACAGCAGCGACAGCGAAAGCUAUGCAGCCAAGUUCGGCGAUUUCUGCAGCGGCAAAUCCCAUAGCAAAUUCCUACGGAGCUACAAACGACCAGGCCAUUGGGUCCCAGCCUGCCCAAACCAGCCAGUACUCAAACCAGCCUUGGCAGACAGCUACACAGCCUAAUCAAAUGGGAACUGCUUCAAACGUGGCUACGGGAGAUGAAUUGAGUCCUCAGGAACGAGCUGUUUUGGAGGCUUUCAGACAACCCGCCGGUGGUGCUCAACAACCCCGGCAGGCUCAACAGGUGGAGCCGUCUCCCAUCCUCCCUCCCAAAACUGUUCCAGAAGCUGGUCAGAAGAGAAAGCGAGCGGCUCCAAAGCCUAAAGCUGUUCCUCCCCCUGCCUCUGUUCCUGCGCUUCAAUUUUCAAACGAGGCAGUAUCCCAAUUGCAGCAGCCACAGCAUUCUCCUACUCUCCCUCCGAACCACGAAGCUACCAUGGGCGUAGCAAAAGAUGCAUUGCAAUGGACUUCAGUGGAUUCAACCACUUCUACAACGCCGAUCGUACCACCUGCAAAGAGACCGCGUCAACGCAAGCCCAAGACUCCUGCAAACCCUACGAAUGCAGAACCCCCUUCGCGAGCACAGACCGCAUCUGUCGUCAGCGUUGCUACUCCUCCGAUUCCGCAGAGCACGAUUCCUGAUACCCAGGCCACGGCUCCGCAACAGAGCAUUCCGCAAAGCAUCCCAGCGACUCGUCCUCCAGCUGAAGGUUUAGAAGCACAUUAUGCGAGAUUUGAAAGCUUCCAGCAACAGCAGAAUGGUCGAAGUCACACCCCCACUCAACCUCAGGUACAGCAGGUGCAACAGGUACAACAAGUACAGCAACCGGCUCGCCAACAACAACAACAACAACAACAACAACAACAACAACCACAACCACAUCAACAAGCCAAGCCUCAAGCUGUGACACCUCAGCAAUCCGCCACCCCUCAGCUGCAGCAGCAGCACAUGAUGCAAAAUCAAAAGUCGCAGCAAGGCCAGCAAGCCGCGCAGCAGCCUACUCAACGUGAUGAGCCGAAGACACAGGCAUCAUCUUCUUCUACUCGUCCCUCAUCUAACGCGUAUUACAAUCAAAAUGCCCAGCCGUCAACUUCGUAUAGUCAGCAAUACCCCUCUCACCAACCCUCGCAACUCUACAGUGGAAAUCAAGCGUCGCCUCAAAUGAGCAACAGCACAAACAACAGCUACCGCACAUCUAGUACGCAUACCCUGGCCCAGAUAUCUCCACAGUUUCCUCAAACAGAAAACGCCUACCGAACCUCGAGUCCACACACCCUUGGCCAACCCUCACCGUCUUUCUCCCAGACCAGCUCCAGCUACAGAAGCAAUAGCACGCACAACCUCGCACAACAACACACACCAACAGUCACGCAGCCCACCGAGAACAGCUACAGAACGCCCAGCACACACUCCAUGGUGCAGCCAUCACCCGCCUACACGACUGCACGGUCACACUCUCAAUCCCAGCCUUCGCAUCAAAGCCAGUACCCCCAAUACUCCGACCCUUCAUUCCUCGACCUGCCCACUCUCGAUUCACUGGGUCAUGCCGGCUCAACAGGCAACACGAAUACAAGUCUAGGCAUAAGCUCCAAUAACUACGGCACCGCCAGUGGUUUCGGGCAAGGCAUUGGCGUCGGCGUCGGCAACUCGCGGUCAUCACAGGCUAGCAGCAACAGUCUAUAUGGCAGCACAUCUGGACUGAGUAACAGCUACGACACUACAGGUGCGGAUUUACUGAGAGGGGUGGGCGUUUCGAGGAGCGGGAGCGGGGGUGGGAGCGGGAGUGCUAGUGGGGGCGGGUACGGUACGAGUGGUUCGCGGCUGAGCAACUCUUUUGAUCCGACGAGCCAGGAGGACAUGCGAGAUCAGUUAUUGAGGGGAUAUGGUAUUGUUCCUGCCGGGAACCCUGCCGAGGUCUCGGGCGAGCUCUCGGGGGGUUUCGGGAACUGGACCGCGGGAAACCGGACAUCGGACCCGGCGGCCUGA